UAUGACGCCCGGGCCUGGGUAAGCACCUGCUGCUGGCCGCUGAGCAGCUGUGGAGCCGAGUGAGCCAGGACGCUCGCGGCACUCUACGAAAGUUUCCGGCCUGGUUCCUGAGGUUCCCGCGGUUCUGCCUCAGCCCCGAGGAGGAAAGCGCCUUCUCUGCGUUCUUUUUCUGCAUUCCAGGUCUUUCCCGCUUCUCCCGCUAGUGUGACCCGAAACCGGAGAAGAGCCUCUCCUGGCGCCACCUUUAUAGUGGCGGGCUGGAGUGAUUCUGCUUGAAGAAGGGACCCAACCGUCACAGGCCUUUAGAAUUAGGCCGUCUGCCCUAUUUAGAGAGGGCUUCAACCCGUCGGUUAAGUGGGCGUCCCUUUUCUCACUGCCCCCUGGUGAAGACUCAGCCCUGCACAGACCACUGCGCCUGGUGGGCCUGGCCCGUGCCGAGUCCUCCAAGCUACAGCUUCCCCUGGUCGUAGGCUCGUGAACAAAGAACUGCCGUUUUCUGCUUGUUCGCCCUAUGUUCAUCAUGCAGAACCUUAAAUGCCGAUGAAGCUCUGGAGAGGCCUUUUGUAUCCUCAGCAUCGGACGUCAUCAAGUCAGUUACCUUCUGCCUUUCGAGCUACGAUCUCAUCCGCUUCUCUCAUCACCCUCAGCACCAGUUUUCUCAUCCUGCUCAUUCCACAGCCAUUUUCACCCUUUCUUGUCCGCGCUGCACAUCACUGAAUGUCCAUUCGUCUCCACCACCUCUGCCAUCUGUAGACCACCUCCCUCUGAUUUCCUGCUACAAUGCUUUGGGUAGCUAAGUAUCCCACAUUCUUCAGCUCUGGAGUCCUUUGGAAGAUUUUCUUUGUUUCUCUGCACUGUGGCCAGCUUCCUGUCUUGGUUAAACUAACUAACAUGGAGAAGCGCACUUUGAUAGAGCUGGGGCUUAGCAAAGAUGGAUUAUUAUUUAACCCUAACAACCCCAUGAGGAAUGGCAGCAUCUCAAGGGGCUGUGGAAGAAGAGGAGCCCAGGAAAAAUGGAGAGAAGAAAAGGCCAAAGAGAACAGUGAAGACAGGCUGAGCACUGCUACCAGAAAUUUAGAAGAGCUAACAGCGAAGCACAUGGAAGAAACGGAAGAAGUGGAAAAGUAUGUAAACCAUGUCCAUAACUUAACAGAGGAAAGAGAAGCAUCGUCUCACAGUUGUGAAGAGGAAAACAAAGAGCUUAGAAAUGUGGUUAAAGAGCUCCAACCGAAACAGGAAGUGCGAAUAAAAGAGAUUGAAGAAAUGUUGUAUAAAGAGGGCUUAUCUGAAAUAGCUCUGAGCAGCCCCAGUGAACAGAUUAUAUACUUACUGGUAGAAAGAAGUACACUCUUGAGGAAACUGGAAACUGGGAGCCCCAAACCAGAGUCACAAAGAUGUAUGACCAGUAACCUACAGAAAGGACUUGCCCAGGAGAAAUUUGAGCAAAUUCAUCAGCCUCUGCAAAGAGAACAUGAGAAAUAUCAGGUACCUGUGCAGCAGCCUGGAAAAACUCUGAGUGAGUCCCAUAAUGAAGACCUGGAAAAAGAUAAAACUUCACAAAACUGCCUGGAGAGAAAUGGAGAAGAAGCAGCGGAGAAGUUAGGGAUGGCCCAGAAAGAGAUCCGAAGGCUCACUGAUGAGCUACAGGAGAAGGAGAAAGAACAGGGGAAAUUAGAUUCUGCACUUCAGAAGGCUCAGCUAGAAAUUGAGAAACUGAAAGAAAAUUUGACAAAGCUGAAAGAAAAAGAUUCGGUUGACCUACAGAAAGCAAGGGAACAUAAUCAGAGACUGGACAAGGAAAUUCUGGCUUUAAGAAAUCGGGUUCGAUCACUUGACUCAGAAAAAAAAGUGCUUGGAGAAGUGGUUGAAAGACUUAAAGGAGAGAUCUGUGAAUCUCAAGAGAAUAAGCAACUUGGAAACCACUCCCCUGGGAAAAGUGUGGGUGCUGAACGGAGAGAACAGUGUCCAUCAUCUGGAGAGAAGGUGAAAUACCAGCAGCAAGAUGGUGUAGACCAGCUUCGUCAGAAUUUGCACCGGCUCCAGAUUCUGUGUAACUCGGCUGAAAAAGAGCUCCGGUAUGAGCGAGAAAAGAACUUGGACUUGAAACAGCAUAAUAGCUUACUUCAGGAAGAAAGCCUUAAGAUCAAAAUUGAACUAAAGCAGGCCCAGCAGAAGUUAUUAGAUAGCACAAAGAUGUGCUCUUCACUCACAGCAGAAAGGAAUCACAGUCAGCAGAAAAUCAGGGAACUGGAGCUGGAGGGACUUACACAGGCUCAGAGCAUCAAAUCCCAGAACAACCUGCAGGAAAAGCUGGCUCAGGAGAAAUCAAAAGUUGCUGAUGCGGAGGCAAAGAUCCUGGAUCUGCAGCAGAAAUUAGAACAUGCUCAAAAAGUCUCUCUCUCCGACACUUAUAUUUUGGGGAUGAAGCAACUAGAGCAAAGGAUAAAAGAAGCACUGGAAAAUGAAGCUAAAACAAAGCAGCAAUAUCAGGAAGAACAGCACAAGAGGAGACUCCUGGGUCAGAAUUUAAAAGAGCUACAAAAGCAAGUGAGAAUCUUACAAGAUAAAAGGAAUCAACUGGAAAAAACCAAUUCUCAGCAGCAAUCCAGAAUUCAGCAACAGGAGGCCCAACUCAAACAACUGGAAGAGGAAAAAAGAAAAUCAGAAGAGCAUCUCAAAAGCAACCGAGAAUUAUCAGAAAAGAUAUCUGGGCUGCAGCAGGAGAAGAAAGCGCUCUGUGAAGAAUAUGGGCAGUUUCUGAAGCAGCUUGAUGUCCACGUGAGAAUCUGUAAUGAGAAACGUCACCAUCACAAAGCCAAGCUUUGCAGAGUCAAGGACCGUUUAAGUCACAAAGUAGAACUACGAGAUAAGAGAAUUGAACAACUGGAAAAUGAAAUCAGAGGUCUGCGGCAGCAAAUGGAAAAGAAAAAGGCAUUCCAGGAUGAGGUCACUGCUCAAAAUAAUAUACUGCUCCUAGAGAAAAGGAAACUUCUGGAACAAGUCACAGAGCAAGAAUUAAUCCGCAACAAUAAAUUGAUAAUAUCUUCAGUCCAGAUCAGAAAACAAUUUGUGACAUCCCUGAAUUUGAAUUCUUGAAUAAAAUCUUGCCCUUACAAGACUUUAGUUUUUCAGGAACAGGUUUGGUAGAGUCGGGCGGAAGUCCUCAAGAGAUUACAAAACAUAAAUCAGAAGCAGCAACGAUAA